AUGUCAAUCAUCGCGGAAGAAAACAAAGCCACAAAAAUAACCGCACGCUGGGCUGUUAACGUUACAGAUUGGCGACCUACUCACGAGCAAUAUACUCUUGCCUUAAACUCCAUACAAACCGAAGAGCGAGAGCGAAUUCUCAGAUUUCGGUUGGAACAGGACCAGAAAUCAUCGUUAAUUGGUAGAUUAUUACUUCGAUGGCUUUUUCAUACUGUUUAUCGAGUUGACUGGGAAGCAAUUCGAUUUGGUAGAAGUGCAAAUAACAAACCAAUUUUGAUUUCUCCCGAGGUUAACUAUACUCAUAAUUCUGGUCUGCUUUCCGAUCCAAAAAUUGAUUUUAAUAUUUCUCAUCAUGGUGAUUGGGUAGUCCUUGUCUCGAUAGAGAAUUUUAUCGAGAAUCGAAAGCAAAAUUUAAAUGUCAUUGGCGUCGAUGUGAUGAAGAUUGAAGUGCCUAAUGAACCGAUUUCUCAGUUCUUUGAAAUCUUUCGGGAUCAAUUUUCAGAAUACGAAUAUAACACUAUUAAACCACCAAAUCUUUCUGAAAAAGAGCAACUGCAAAGAUUCUACAGAUACUGGUGUCUAAAAGAAAGUUACGUGAAAGCAAUCGGAGUCGGAUUAAACAUGAAAUUAAGCGACAUCGAAUUUAGAUUGGCGGAUGAUGAGUUAGUUGAUGAUGGUGAAGAUAUAAAGUCAAUAAAGACUAAAACUCAAUUAUAUGUUAUCAAUGAACCAUGCCCAGAAUGGAAAUUCGAAGAAAGUUAUCUUGAUCAAAGUCAUUGUGUCGCAAUCGCUUAUUAUUAUAAGCAAAAGAAAAUUCAUAAGAGUGGUGAUGAUGCUGUUACUGCUAGAAACACCGUCGUGGGUGAUGAUGAUGAUGAAACUUUACCCUUCAAAGUUUUAGAUGUUAAUGAUAUAUUGCAAUAUGCGAAAGAAAUCUCUUAA